AUUCAUAAUUUGUGCUGUGUUGUAAUGUUACCUCUGGAAACUGACAUACUGGCAUUUAUUGUUUUUUAUUGCUUCUCUGAGGUGGCUUUUGAAAGAGACUCAAGUGACACAUGUUUGAGAAGGGUUUAAAAGUUGGACACGGCUGGAUGAGGCAUUAUUCGUCUGGUGAGGAGCAGAAGAUUGGUACUUCUGUGGACGCGUGUGACCAUUUGGGCACCAAAUCCAGCAAUGAAUAAUUCAACAGGCUGUUCAGCCAGUGCCACGGUUUGCAAUGGGUCGUCCUGUGUGCUGACUGACAGCAAUUUCAAUAACAUCCUCAGCGUGGUCCUGAGCACUGUCUUGACCAUCCUCUUGGCCAUGGUGAUGUUCUCCAUGGGAUGCAAUGUGGAAAUCAAGAAAUUCCUAGGACACAUAAAGCGGCCGUGGGGCAUAUGCGUUGGCUUCCUCUGUCAGUUUGGAAUCAUGCCCCUCACAGGAUUCAUCCUGUCAGUGGCCUUUGACAUCCUUCCUGUCCAAGCUGUAGUGGUACUCAUCAUGGGAUGUUGUCCCGGAGGAACCGCCUCCAAUAUCUUGGCCUACUGGGUGGAUGGCGACAUGGACUUGAGCAUCAGUAUGACCACAUGCUCCACGCUGCUUGCCCUGGGAAUGAUGCCGCUGUGCCUCUUUAUCUAUACCAAAAUGUGGGUCGACUCUGGGACCAUCAUAAUUCCCUUUGAUAACAUAGGUACGUCUUUGGUCGCUCUUGUUGUUCCCGUUUCCAUUGGAAUAUUUGUUAACCACAAAUGGCCCCACAAAGCCAAGAUCAUUCUUAAGAUCGGGUCCAUCACAGGUGCAAUCCUUAUCGUGCUCAUAGCUGUCGUUGGAGGAAUUCUAUACCAGAGCGCCUGGACCAUCGCUCCCAAACUGUGGAUCAUAGGGAUGUUAUUUCCUUUGGCUGGUUACUCCCUAGGGUUUUUACUGGCUAGAAUAGCUGGUCAGUCCUGGCACAGGUGCCGAACAGUUGCUUUGGAAACGGGGAUGCAGAACACUCAGCUGUGCUCCACUAUCGUGCAGCUCUCCUUCACCCAGGAGGAGCUCAACGUCGUGUUCACUUUCCCGCUCAUCUACAGCAUUUUCCAGCUCACCUUUGCGGGAAUCUUCCUAGGCAUUUAUGUGGCAUACAAGAAAUGUCAUGGAAAGAACGACAUGGAAUUUCCAGAAAGCAAAGACAUCGAAACAGUCUCUGGGUCAUCGUUCUCAAAGGUGAACGGAGGAUUUCAGCCAGAUAACAAGUAGACACCAAGUGGACAAAAAAGAAGAAUUCUAAAGUACACGUUCUGCGAUAACAAUAUCUGUUUGUUUUUGUUGGGAUACUUGGCAGGAAAGGGUUAAGGUGAAAAUUUAAAUUCCAAUUGAAUCCAUAUAUUGGUUUUGGUACCAAGUGACUGGUGGCCCAAAUCCUUAAUGUGACAAAUAUUUAUAUGUAUAUAUGUACUGUCUUUGAAAUAUGCCCGAGAAAUGUCCUCAGACCACAGACUACACUUGACACUGGUAACACUGAGAACCUCUUAACUCCUAAACCGGAUUCUUACUCAGAAUCUCAAAACGCAGAGAUGAGCACCUGACUUUAUGUAUCUUAAGAUAGAUGCAACGAAUUAUUAUUGUUAUAAAGUGAUCAAGAUUUUCUUCAGUAUUUAUGAUUGUAAGAAGAUUGAAAUGAACAUCUUCCACUGACAUGUUAAUUAUUA